GCCGGGCUCAAACAGCACCGAGGCGGGGCCGCUCGCAGCAUGCGAACUGCAGCCCCAGCGCUCGGAGCCACCGACCGCCAGCAUGGGGCCGGCGCUGCUCCUGGGGCUGCUUCUCUCCCGAGCCGGAGACCUCAUGGCUCUGCCCAGCAGUGACUGUGUCGUGGCGGAGCAGCUGUGCCUCUCUGACUCCACCUGCAAUGCCACAUACAGGACCCUGGAAAACUGUGCCCUGGCCAAGACUCGCCUCCUUUCACUGGAUCACGACAGCAGGGUCAGAUGUCUGAAUGCAGAGCUUGACCUUGGGAACAGCUCUUUGCUGCACUGCAAGUGUCACCGGCGCAUGAAGAGACAGGAGCACUGCUUACGCAUUUUCUGGACUGUUCACUCCAGCAUGACAGAUGGUUAUUUCAAUUUGGAGACCUCUCCCUAUGAGAAUCCAGCGAAUGAAGAACACUGGAAGACAGAUUAUAAUAAACUGGCAGCUUUGGUAUCAGGCUCACAGUUAGCAGGAGAUGCAACAAAUCCAUGUCUGAGAGCAACACACGUCUGUAAUCUGAGCAAGAAGUGUUUUCGUCUGCGCACAGACUAUGCCUCCAUCUGCACCAAGGGAGCAGGAAGUGAGGAUGUGUGUGACCGGCGCAAGUGCCACAGAGGGCUAAGGAAUUUCUUUGAGAAAGUUCCUGAGGAUUUCACCAAAAGGAUCCUGUUCUGUCCAUGUCAAGAUGAAUUUUGUGGAGAAAGACGCCGUAAAACUAUUGUUCCUGAUUGUUCCUUCCAGUAUAACACCAAACCAAAUUGCCUCUGGCUUUUGGACUCCUGCUUAGAAGACCAUAUCUGCAAAUCCCGACUGGCUGACUUCCAACAAAAUUGUCAACCUGUAGACAUAUCUCCAGAUGGCUGCUCUCUGCACAACCAUGCUGCAUGCCUGCAGGCUUACAUGGGGAUGAUUGGCACACCCAUGACACCCAACUAUGUCAGUAACUCCAGUGUGGAGGUCUCCUUGUGGUGUACAUGUGAGAACAGCGGCAAUCAGAAGGAGAAGUGUGACCAGAUACUCAGCAUGUUUGAGAGCAACAAAUGCCUUGAAAAUGCCAUUUGGUCUCAAAUGCACCAGAAGCAGACAGCUCUAAAAAGACAGGAAGACUUACUUUACUCAUCUUCUCUAAGCUUCCAAGGAGACAGUGCCAGCAUAUCUCUCUCUUCAGCAAUGUCCCAGGUGGCUGAAGGGAAGACACAGCGAGACAGCUCCAAAGAGAGCAGUAUGCCUAUGGCCUCCUCUGUAUAUUCUGGAGCUGCUACUUCCUGGCCUUCUCUGGCUCUGUUCCUGCCCCUGUUGCUGAGCCCACAUUAAUGUGGCAUAAAUGGAAUCUUUCCUUCCCAUAUUAUUAGUAUUAUUCCAUAUCCAGGCAUGUCCCAAGACAGAUUUACCUUUGGGAAACAGAAGGCUUUCAGACGAGAGGAACGUCCUUAACCAGAAUGACAAUCACUGGAAACCUCCCACAUAUUUGCACCCUGCCUCCCCCCGGUCAGGUUGCAGCUCUGCAGGUACAGAUCUCACCAUUGCUUCUGCUGUGUACACAUUUUGAGUAACAGGCUAAUGUUCCAGCUUAAUAGGUUCAGUCAAAGGUCUGAUUUCUUUCAGAACUUGUGCAGGGUUUGGUUUCUGACUGUAAGGAUGACCUAACUGUGUCCCUGACCACCCCACCAUCUGGAGCUCAUCCUCAGGCAUACAAUCAAUGAAUGAUUUGGGUUUCUAGGGACCUUAAAAGAUCAACUAGUCCAACCCCCAUGCCAAGGGCAGGGACCACCUUUCACUAGACCAGGUUGUUGCAAACCCCGUUCAACCUGACCUUGAACACUUGAAGGGAUGGGGCAAGCACAGCUUCUCUGGACUAUCUGUGCCAGUGCCUCACCACCCUCACAGGGAAUAUUUUUUUCCUAAUAUUCAAUCUAAACCUACCCUCUUUCAGUUUAAAACUAUUGUUCCACAUCCUGUCCCUAAAGGCCUUGGUAAAAAGUCACUCUCUGUGCUUAUCAUCCCCACUGACGUACCAAAACAAGAUCUCCACAGAGCCUUCUCCAGGCCAAACCACACCAACUGUCUCAGCCUUUCUUCAUAGGAGACGAGUUCCAGCCCUCUCAAGAUGUUCAUGGCCUUGUCUGCACCUGCUUGAACAGGUCCAUGUCUGUCAUGUACUGAGCACCCCAGAGUUGAACAUUGGGUGGGGAGGUGGGGUGGGGUAGAGGGGAAGAAUCGCCUCUCAGCCUGCUGGCCAUGCUUGUUUUUAUGUAGCCCAGGGUGCAGGGUGGCUUUCUGGGCUGCAAGCGCAUUUUACUGACUCAUGUCUAGUUUUCCAUCUAGCUGUGUAUCCAAGUCCUUUCCUGCAGGGCUGUUCUCAAUCCAUUCACUCCCCCACUCUGUACUGAUAUUGGGGGCUGUCCCAAACCAGGUGUGGGACCUUGCACUUAAUGAGUUUUGUUGGUAUCCACUUCUCAAGCCUAUGAAGGCAUACAGUAGAGCCUAUCAUCCUAAAGACUAGAAGCCUGUGCUUCAGGGUGAGUUGCAAGUAAAGGUCAAUAAACAUACAUGUGAAGUUCCUGGUAAACACCAUCUCUGGAUUACUUUCAGUUCCCUUUUCAAAUCCAUUCUUUUAAGUAUAUGAAAAAUACCAGUCCAGAUCAAGAACACAAUACUAGGGUUUAUCCUCCAUUGUUUUGUCCCUUCAACAUAUACAGAAUCCAUUACUGUGGCUAGCAACACACUUGGGUUUUGUUGUUCAGGAUGAACGGUGCUCAACUUCAGUAGAUUUACACUUAUCUAGCAAAAGAUGAUCUUGCCUGGCCUCAGGACAAGCCUUCUCUGUAACCCUUAGAGAAUGCAUUUGGCUCAUUGAAGGUGCAUUGAUCACAAAACCCUCGGACAUUCAGUUGCAAAAAUCUCCUUGUAUCUGUCCAUAUAUUCAAGUUACCAUUGUCCCCUUCCAGCCACCUGGCCCAUAUUCUUCCUCUGCCAAGCACUAUUUCAUGACCUGUUUAUUCUGAAUGUAAAUGUGUGCAAUGUGUAACUGCUGUUAGUUUGCGCUGCGUUUGUCUGUUAAAAUGUGGUGUUAAGUGAAUAUUGAUUUCUGAGCAUAGGUUAAUAGUCUACAAUCAAUUGUGCGCAAGAGCUGCCUCACCAGCUAGCCUGCAUUUUCAAAUAGCCAGAAACUCAGCUCAAAACAGCUCCUCCAUUGCUCAUUCUGAGAGGCAAAAAAUCUGAACAAUACUGUACACAUCCAAACUUGAUUAUAAUCCUGAACAGAGGAGAGAGUAUUUCUUUUUACCCUGUGUUUUAUCUGUUGCCAGGGAAGCACCACCUAGGUAAUAUGCCGUGGUUCUCAGUCAAUGUCAGACACCUUAUAACAGAAUCUUACAUCAUUGUGUGUAUCAAAGUAAUUAUCCUUCUGCAGUGGUAACAUUUCCAUUUCCAAUUCCAGACUUCUACUUAUUUCCUAGGCAAGCAGAGCAAAGAAAUCAUGCACGCAGCAGCAUCAUCUCCUCUGCCACACAGAGAAGCAAUGUAUUAUUUACAUGCAGUAGGAAUGAAUAUGUCUUCUUAAUAAACAAGAGUGCUAAUGUUGGUAUUUCUCAUUACCUGCUGAAAUAUGGCUAUUUGGAGCAAGAGACAGCACUGUUUCCACAUGUUUGCUACCAUUAGUUAAUAAAAACAGAGUCCAUGUAACCCUAAUAUAGUAUCUACAUUAGACCAUCCUCCAUAUGGUGGGACUUAGAAAUGUGUCAAGAGCCUUGACUGUAAUGUAAUAGCAUCUGUCAUCUCUGGAAAUUAAUGGAGAGUGACAGGGAAGAAGAAAAUGUUAUUGUUUCCACUAUUUCACACAACAGAGAGAAUAUUUGUGAGAAUAAUGAAAUAGAUUCCUGAGUGAUCUGUACCACACACACUGGUACACUGUGAUCUUCUACUCAUCUGUGCUGUGAUCUUUCCUCUGUCCCAAAUUUAGUGCUGUAAGACAGAUCGAUAUGGAAAAAGGGAUUAGCAUUUUCUUGUUCAUGUUUAGGGCACUAAAUCCUUAAGAAGGUUAUUGAUUGCAAUUGCAGUCUUCUGUCCUAUCCUGGGUUGUACAGGAAAAUGCUUGACACUCAGACAAAUCAUGCUCUAGACUGAAAUUGAAGCAAAACAUGUCAGUUUGUUUGGUUUUUUCCCCAAUUAUCCUGUGUCCCUUUUUCAUGCACCUUUAUAUGCACAGCUGCUUCUUAGCUUCAUCAAUAGUUCAUCAAUAACUGCAAGCAAAAUUCACUUCUAUCUAUACCUUCAUUCACAGGUACUGACACUGUUGUGAGUCCAAACUCAUUUUCACUUAGACUUUUCUAACACCGAAUCUCCAAAUAUCACAGUUUUUCAAUUACACAGCAUACAUGCAUGCACAAAUGAACUGGUAGUGGAAAUGUCAUGCCCGUUUCACUAUCAAUUCAGUUCUGUUAGCACCACCAAUGUACCAAGACUGGCACAUUUCCUAAACCCAUUCAGAACAGCUUACUAACCAUACUACAGGGCAAUUAACAAACCUCCCUCAGCUUCUGUUCCUGGAAAGUAGAAAACAACAUCCUGUGAGCACCUGUGGUCUCACAAAAGACAAUCCAUAAAACACAAAAAUAAUCCAAUAAAAAUUCUCUAUCCAGACAGUCUUAGCAAUGAGCAUUCAGAAAGCAUCUACGAGGAGGGAACCUUCUAUUUACUGUAAUGUAGAUUAUUUUAAAAGAGUAAAAUAAUGCAGGGUCUGACUAAUAAAAUUUAUCUUGCAACUC